AUGAGAUGUAUAGACUUCUUAUGGCACCAGGCUCCAUGUCUGCAUAAGCACAAUGCCUUGGGUCAUCUGAGCACGCCCUCCAACAAAGUGAUCAUGGAAAAUCGCCAGGAGGAUAUUGCAGAGGCCCUCCAGGGCAUUGAUCAAGGUGUAGCUGCUGAAAAGGUAAAGAAGUAUUUGAAUGAUCUAGAAAAGGCUCCUUUAGUCAUCGCAAUCACCGGAGAGUCUGGCUCUGGUAAAUCCACCUUUGUCAACGCUCUCAGAGAAUUAGACGACAGUGACGAGGAUGCUGCUUCCACUGAUGUCGUGGAAACAACUAUGGAGCCAAUAAAGUACAGCCUCCCAAAAAACUCCAAUAUUAAACUAUGGGACCUACCUGGUGUGGGCACGACCAAGUUUACAGCGAAUGAGUAUCUGAUGAAGAUGGAGUUUGAGAGGUUUGACUUCUUCAUCAUUAUCUCCAGUGACCGUUUCAGAGAAAAUGAUGCAAAACUGGCUCAAGAAAUCCAAAAGAUGGGGAAGAAAUUCUACUUUGUUCGAUCCAAGAUGGACAACAGCAUCCAAAAUGAUAAACGAAAAUACAAAAAAAUAACUGAGGAUGAGUACAAUGCCAAGUUAAAAAUGCAAACCCUCCAACGAAUCAGAGACAACUGCACAAAAGAGCUUGGUAAGCUGGGGAUCCAGUCUCCAAAAGUGUUCCUAAUCUCCAGCGUCGCUCUGCAGGAUUAUGAUUUCCAUGAUUUUUGGAAAACUCUGGAGAAGGAGCUGCCUGCAUUCCAGCGAGAUGUUCUGCUCCUGGCUCUGCCUAACAUUAAUCUGGAGGAGUUUGAGGUCAGGGACAGUGACAUAUUUCUGGUUACUUACCCCAAGUCGGGUCAGUGA